AUGGUCGAAAAUCAAGUAGUGGCUGAAGAACGAAGAACUUUAAGGGAGCUUUCUGCACCGAAUUUAAAUCAACAACCGCUUUGUAUUCAACAUCCUGCCUUAGAGGUUGGUUUUGAAUUAAGGUCGGGUUUGAUUCAACUACUCCCAACAUUUCGUGGUCUUGAAAAUGAAGAUCCGCAUAAGCACCUAAAGGAGUUCCACGUGGUGUGUUCGAGCUUCAAACCGCAAAGAGUGACGGAAGAUCAAAUCAAACUACGUGCUUUCCCAUUUUCAUUAGCCGAUAGAGCAAAGGAUUGGUUAUUUUACCUUCCUUCAGGCUCAAUAAACACAUGGGAUGAAAUGGUAAGAUUAUUUCUUGAAAAGUUUUUCCCAGCAUCACGAGCUGCCAGCAUUAGAAGGGAAAUAUGUGGCAUCAAACAAAGAGACACAGAGACUCUCCACGAGUACUGGGAACGUUUCAAGCAAUUGUGUGCAAGUUGCCCUCAACAUGGAGUUUCUGAACAGCUCCUCAUUCAAUACUUUUAUGAGGGAUUGCUUCCCAUGGAAAGAAAGAUGAUGGAUGCAGCUAGUGGAGGCGCUAUAGUGAACAAAACUCCUCGUGAAGCUAGAGAUUUGAUAUCCAUAAUGGCUGCCAAUUCACAACAAUUUGGAUGUAGACAGGACACCCCUUCUAGAAGGGUGAAUGAGGUAAACAUUUCUUCUCUUGAGAAUAAAGUAUCUCACUUAACUACUCUUGUUCAACAGUUAGCUAAUAAAGUAUCUCACUUAACUACUCUUGUUCAACAGUUAGCUUUAGGAGGUACGCAUCAGGUAAAAGCUUGUGGGAUAUGUGCUGCUACUGGACACCAAACUGACAUGUGUCCGACACUUCAAUAUGAUUCUUGUGAGCAAACUGACAUGUGUCCGACACUUCAAUAUGAUUCUUGUGAGCAAGCUAACGCAAUUGGAGGGUUUCCAGGCCAACCACAACGAAAUUAUGAUCCCUAUUCAAAUACGUACAAUCCAGGAUGGAGGGAUCAUCCAAAUUUCAGCUACAAGCCACGUCCACAGUUUCCACAGUUUCAGCCUAGACAACCUAUUCAACAACAAUCUUCAUCUUCACAACAACCAUCUUCUAAUUCAAGUAUGUCAUUGGAGGAUAUUGUUAAGUCACUUGCCAUUAACACACAACAAUUUCAGCAACAAACACAACAAUUUCAGCAAGAAACAAGAACAAGUAUUCAACACUUAGAAAGUCAGAUGAGCCAGCUAGCAUCUACCGUGAGUAGAUUGGAGUCUCAAGGAAAGUUGCCCUCACAAACUAUUGUUAAUCCAAAGCAAAAUGUGAGUGCAAUUACCCUGAGGAGUGGAAAAGAGCUGCCAGAACAUACUCAAGUGAGAAAAACACCCAACCGAGAGGAAACUGAAAAAGAAGUCCAUCAACCUCAAAAUGGUCAAAAGCCUGACAAAGAACAUCCAAAGUCUUGGGUAAUCCCUCCUCCUUUUCCUAGUAGGUUCGCCAAAUCCAAGAACGCUGAAGACGAAAAAGAAAUACUUGAGACAUUUCGAAAGGUCGAGGUAAAUAUUCCUUUACUUGAUGCUAUUAAACAAAUUCCUCGAUAUGCUAAGUUUCUCAAGGAGUUGUGCACAAACAAAAGAAAGUUGAAAGGCAAUGAAAUGGUAAACAUGGGGGAAAAUGUUUCAGCUAUCCUUCAGAAAAAGUUGCCUCCUAAAUGCAAAGAUCCUGGUAUGUUUACUAUCCCUUGCAAAAUUGGAAAUGUUAAUGUUGAAAGCGCAAUGUUAGAUCUUGGAGCUUCAAUAAAUGUCAUGCCCCUAUCUGUUUAUUCAUCUUUAAAUGUUGGCUCCUUAAAAGAAACUGGUGUAAUUGUUCAACUUGCUGAUAGAUCUAAUGUUUAUCCUGUGGGGGUUUUAGAAGAUAUUUUAGUACAAGUUGAUGGGUUAAUCUUUCCUGCUGAUUUUUAUGUGUUAGAUAUGGAAGAAAAUCCUCCUAAUUCUUCAUUGAUCUUAUUAGGGAGGCCAUUUUUGAAAACAUCUAAAACUAAAAUUGAUGUGCAUGAUUGUAUAUUGACAAUGGAGUUUGAUGGUGACAUUGUUAAAUUUGAUAUAUUUAAUACUACCAUGAAACAUCUAAAUAGCAUGUCAUCUGUUUUUGUUGUGGAUAUUUUAUUGCAAGAAGAUAAUUGUUAUUUGAUUGAUGGUGAUAAACCGAAUGUUGCGUUGAAUAGAAAUCCUGACUUUGAAGAUGUGAAUACAUACAGAUUGAUUGAGGCGUUUGUGUAUGAUGGAAAUGGCGUUUUUCGUGUUAGCUUAAUCCAGGCUUACUGUAUGUACUGA